GUCUGAGGCUGGACCGGUCCCUUGGUGUUGGAAGCGGUCAGUGAUUCCCUGACCUUCUCUCGAUUAUAGCAUAGUGGAGCCCCGAAGAACCAUGGCUGGCUGUCGGGUUGGCCCAAUGCUAGUGCUACAGUUGGUAGUUUUAGCCACCUUGGGCAUUGUAUCUGCGAUUCCUGGCUCGGUGGACUGGGACAACCAUGGCUUCGUACAUCCUCUACCCAUCGCCUACCCGAGCUCCGACAACCCAGGGUGCAGAGAGGACAGUCUCCGACUGGAGGCUGCCUUGUGGAAUCGCACACUCUGGGCUGAGCAAAUGUGGGACGCCUCCGCAAAGACAGCAGUAGGGCUCGUGACAGGUACCACGAUCCAGAUGGGCGACUUUGACGAAUGCCUGGGGGUGAGGGCCCCGGUGGAGGCUCAGUACUGUCUGGUCACUUUGGACCUCGAGGUGCCCAAGGGACAUGACACCCUGGACCCGGAGACCGAGGAGUAUCCUCCCCAGGGAUCCGCCUGGGACAAGAUUUAUUACGGUGGAUCCAAGGCCAAGCAGCGUCUAGACCGUUUGAAAGUGGCUCUCUGCGUCCCCUCGUCGUGCACUCCCGACGACCUCCGGGUGUCCUUGACUCGGUACAUCCAGGGGACCAACCAGAGUGUUGCCAGUGUGGCGGUGGAGGAGGGGGCGUGCUCCAGGGGGGAUGAUCCUGGGUAUAUGUUCACCUCUGGAGACAUCGCUUUCUGUGUCGUAAUGCUGAGUGUGUUCAUCGUAGUGACGUCAGCGACGGUUUACGAUCUAGUCGUAUACGAAUACGACGGUCACUCACCUCCAGCCAACUACGUGCAGUGUUUGUCGGCGUACCGAGGACUUCGCAGUCUGCUGCGGAGGGACCAAGGAGUGGCGGAGUUAGACCUCUCCACACUCUACGGGGUUCACUCUUUCGCCUUCCUCUUCAUAGUGCUCGGCCACCGCUUCGGGUCCUACAUGUGUGCUCCUAUCACAAACUAUGAGGACGUGGAGUAUAUGUUCCGGCACUACCUACUCUCCAUGUGGACGGGUCAUAUGGAUCUCUUCUGUGACGUAUUUUUCUUCUUAUCCGCAUUUCUGUUGGGCGUAAUUCUAUCUCUGCAGUUGGACAAGAGUUACAUCUCUCCGUUUAAAGUCUAUUUGCACCGUCUAGUCAGGCUAGUCCCCGCUUACGCCACAGUUAUAUUCUUCUACGCCACUGUAUAUUACAAGAUCGGCAGUGGCCCCUUGUGGAACGCUGUAGUGCGAAGAGAAAAAGACCAGUGCAGUCAGUAUUGGUGGGUGAACCUGCUCUUCCUUAACAACUACCUUGGAGGUGACAAAAUGUGCCUACUCCAGUCCUGGUACAUCGCCUGCGACUUCCAGCUGUUCGUGGGUGGAACACUGCUGCUGCUGCUGCUAAACAGAAGACCGCUGCUGGGUCUACCACUGUCUGCUGUGCUGCUAGCAGUCGGUCUAGCAGCACCGUUCCUGGGCACAUACCUGUAUAACAGGCCUGCCCUGCUUACCUUCUACAAGGGAAUGUGGGAGCAAGUCAGAACAGAUGAUGUAUACCUAUCAGUGUACAGUCAGGCACACUAUAGAGCACCUGGAUAUUUGAUAGGCGUGUUAGCUGGCUAUGCUGUAUUCAGGAGAAGAACAACGGAACUUACCAAGAGCAACUCCUGGCUACUGCUGGGGUGUGGGUUCAUGGUAUGUUUUGUCACCUACUGGACAGGCGCCAUCUACACAGAUCCUGCCAGGCCCUACAACGCCCUGGAGUCGGCCCUCUACGCCGCUCUAAACCAUGCGGUCUUCGCCCUAGGAAUGACCUCAGUGUUCUGGGCCUUCAUAUUCGGUCCGAAAUCCUGGGUGUCCGACCUAUUCUCCUGGAGAGGGUUUGUUCCUCUGAGUAAGCUCUCCUACAGCAUGUACUUGGUACACAACAUCCCCCAAAUCGCUGCCGCAGCCGCUGCUCGGGCGCCGCUCAGAUUUGACAUUUACGGAUUAGUGAGUUGGACGAUAUCGGACCUCGCCCUGGGUCUACUUAUGUCAUUGGUUAUGUUCCUGUACAUUGAGACACCCUGUAGAUACGUCUUUAAACACCUGACUGCUGGGAAAACUCAGCACCUUUCAGUGAAGACUGCAGAAGAUGUUAAAGAUGUCAAGGAAGUGAGUGAUUGGAGCUACAGGUUGACAAACCCUUGAAGCAAAAAUAUAACAUUUUAAGAUUUGUUUUAUUGCAAAAUGUGUUGCAUGUAGAGUUUCACAAAAAAAGCUCAAAAGUAUGCUAAGCCUACUUGAUUGGCAAAACCAAUUUAAACCACUAAACUCGAGAUAAGUUUUAUGCUAUCUAGUUUUUGAGUUGCUUGGUUUCAAUCAAUUUUAAUACGACGAGUUUGUAUUUAGAUGUGGGUUGUACUCAACCCCAUUUCAACUCUAUAUCGAAACACAUGUUUAAGCUUAGUUGUAAAUAAGAUAAAAGACGCUUCUAUUUAUUUAUUGUCUACUGGUAGUUACUGCCAUCAAAUAAUGCAGGAAACAGUUAUAUAAUCCUGCAGCACACCUGAUUGCUCUUUAGAAAUUUGGCAUGGCAUUGUAUUAAUGAUUGUUUACAUGCAGAUGCAUUAAUAAGGCAUGAACUUAAUAGAGUAAUAUAUGUAAAUGUAAGUAAAGUCAUUAUGGUCAAACUUUACUACUUACUAAAAUA